UUGUUCAGUCAAAAGGCUCCGAAGUACACCACGAAUUUAGCCGUUUAAGUGCUUUCUUUAUUUACUAUAAAUAGAUUUCGACUAACUUUUUGACAUUCGUAGAUAAAACUACUAGCAAACAUUUAGUUAACUGCAACUUUAACCUGAUAUUGAUUUUUACACGUGUGUUUGUGUGUGUCACCAAGUCAAUUUCCUUAAAAUUUUAGAAAUAAAGAUGAUUGUUUCUCGUUUGGGAUGUCCUCUCAAUGCUGCACUGCAGCAAUUCACUCGCCAAGCUCCAUCCCGAUGCAAUAAAACCAACCUCAAAUUCCUUAGACGUCAGAUGUCAGGAAUAACUUAUCGCAGUGGAGCCUUCAAGCCAAAACCUGAUGAAAUGCCAUUUGGUCUACUGGCCAUCAUUUGCGCCGUAAUCCCGGGGCUUUUUGUCGGAGCUACUAUCAGCAAAAACGUUGCCAACUUUUUGGAGGAGAACGAUUUGUUUGUACCAUCCGAUGAUGACGAUGACGAGGAUUAAAGUGGAUUUUGCAGUGGGACCCAACCCGUUCUAGUCGGAGUCGGAGGUGCACUUGACUUCUCCUUAGCUAGAGGAAAACUAUUUAUUUAUCUAUGUAAAUUGUCCUAGCAAAUGUUUUAUUCUUAAGUCCUUUUUGCAUUUGAUCUGCAUGUAUAUUAUAUUUGACUUGAGUAUCGAUACUUUCAAUACGA